CUGAAUUGUCUUAUCACCAUGGAUAACCCUGUUCCAGUGAUUCCAAAGCCAAAAUCCACGAAAAAGGGCUCCACUCUGCCCAUGCUCUUCGCGGCGAGUCUACUUGUGGGAUACGUCAUGUUUUCCUUCAGGCAUUAUCUUCUCGGCGAUAUGUUUGGACUUCGUCAGAAGUUCCAAAGCGAAGAGGACAUUAGAGGGAAGAAGGCAUUCAAGGAAUUUAUAUUAAGUCUCAAACCCGAAUUUCUUUGGCCGUAUUUGAUAGACAUGUCACGAGAGAUCAAUGAUAGUCGACAACUCUGUCUCCUCUACGUCAAUCGCAUGCUUUUACAAGCUUCAUUACAACAAGUUAUUUAA